UCUCUCUAUCUAUGUAUGUAUAGUUGCAGGGUCGUUCAGAAUCUCCACUAUCUCCCCUCUCUUCUUCCUCUCAAAAUCCCUUAAUCGAAGACUCUCUCUCUCAAACACAACCACAUCACAAACCAAUGGAGAAGCACCUCUUGAAGGAUUUCGAGCUCGACCCCAAGAAUCCCUCCGUCGAAGCUCUGCAGCGAUGGAGAUCCGCCGUUACUCUGGUCAAAAACCGCCGCAGACGCUUCCGUAUGGUCGCCGAUCUCGAUAAGCGAUCCCAGGCAGAGCAGAUUAAGCAAGGAAUCAAGGAAAAAAUUCGGAUUGCUCUCUAUGUUCAAAAGGCAGCAUUGCAAUUUAUUGAUGGUAUGGCGCCUGGUAAUCGAGUUGAAUACAAGCCAUCAGAAGAGGCAAGAGAAGCCGGUUUUGGUAUUCAUCCAGAUGAUAUUGCUUCUAUUGUUCGUAGCCAUGAUUAUAAGAACUUAAACAAUAUUGGUGGAGUUGAAGCCAUUGCAAGGAAACUGACAGUCUCUGUGGAUGGAGGUGUCAGUGAAGAGAGUAUAAAUCGAAGACAACAGAUUUAUGGGGUCAACCGUUAUACGGAGAAACCGUCUAGAACGUUCCUGAUGUUUGUGUGGGAUGCAAUGCAGGACUUAACUCUGAUUAUUCUCAUGGUUUGUGCAAUAGUGUCUAUAGGUGUAGGGAUUGCCACUGAAGGGUGGCCAAAGGGAACAUAUGAUGGUGUGGGAAUCAUACUUAGUAUAUUCUUGGUAGUCAUUGUUACUGCUGUCAGUGACUACAAGCAAUCCCUGCAGUUCAGGGAUUUGGACAAAGAGAAGAAAAAGAUAUUUGUUCAGGUCAUCAGGGAUGGGAAAAGACAGAAGAUCUCAAUUUAUGAUAUAGUAGUUGGUGAUAUUGUUCAUUUGUCAACUGGGGAUCAAGUUCCAGCUGAUGGGAUUUAUAUAUCAGGAUACUUUUUGCUUAUUGAUGAAUCAAGUUUGUCAGGUGAGAGCGAACCUGUAAAUGCAAAUGAAGAAAAGCCUUUUCUUCUCUCGGGAACCAAAGUUCAGGACGGUCAGGGGGUGAUGUUAGUUACAGCUGUUGGCAUGAGGACUGAAUGGGGAAAAUUGAUGGAAACUCUAAAUGAGGGAGGAGACGAUGAGACCCCAUUGCAGGUGAAAUUGAAUGGGGUUGCUACUAUUAUUGGUAAAAUUGGUUUGGCUUUUGCCGUUCUGACGUUUUUGGUGUUGACAAUAAGGUUUAUGGUUGAAAAAGCGCUUAAUGGUGAGUUUGGUAGUUGGUCUUCAAAGGAUGCAAUGAAGUUACUGGACUACUUUGCUAUUGCUGUAACCAUAAUAGUUGUUGCGGUUCCUGAAGGAUUACCACUGGCUGUGACACUCAGUCUUGCUUUUGCAAUGAAAAAAUUAAUGAAUGACAGGGCACUUGUGAGGCAUCUUUCUGCUUGUGAAACUAUGGGUUCAGCUAGUUGCAUUUGCACAGAUAAGACAGGGACAUUGACCACUAACCGUAUGGUAGUUAAUAAAAUUUGGAUAUGCGACAAAGCCACGCAGAUGAAAGGUAAUGAGACUGCAGACGAACUGAAAACAAAGAUAUCUGAAGGAGUUGUAAGCAUCCUCUUGCAGGCUAUAUUUCAAAAUACUUCUGCUGAAGUAGUUAAGGAUAAAGAUGGAAAUAACACGACAUUGGGAACCCCAACAGAAUCAGCAUUAUUAGAAUUUGGCUUGCUUUUUGGUGCUGAUUUUGAUGCCCAGCGUAGAGCAUAUAAGAUACUACAGGUUGAGCCGUUCAAUUCAGUCCGGAAGAAGAUGUCUGUGCUUGUGGGUCUUCCUGAUGGAGGGGUCCAAGCUUUCUGCAAAGGUGCAUCAGAAAUAGUAUUAAAAAUGUGUGACAAAAUUAUUGAUUGCAAUGGAGAAGUUGUUGAUCUUCCUGAAGACCGGGCAAAUAAUGUCUCUGAUGUUAUAAAUGGAUUUGCCUCUGAAGCUUUGAGAACUCUUUGUUUGGCUGUCAAAUAUAUAGAUGAAACCGAAGGGGAAAUCAACAUCCCUGAUAGCGGCUAUACUCUAAUAGCCAUAGUAGGAAUUAAGGAUCCUGUACGCCCUGGGGUUAAGGAAGCUGUUCAAACUUGUUUAGCCGCUGGAAUAACUGUCCGCAUGGUCACUGGUGAUAACAUACAUACAGCUAUAGCUAUAGCUAAAGAAUGUGGUAUACUUACGGAGGGUGGUGUAGCCAUAGAAGGACCAGAUUUUCGUGACUUGUCUCCGGAGCAAAUGAAGGAUAUCAUUCCAAGAAUCCAGGUGAUGGCACGAUCCUUACCGCUUGACAAACAUAAGUUAGUAACCAAUUUGAGGAAUAUGUUUGGUGAGGUUGUCGCUGUUACUGGCGAUGGAACCAAUGAUGCUCCUGCACUGCAUGAGGCAGAUAUCGGACUUGCCAUGGGCAUUGCUGGAACCGAGGUUGCCAAAGAAAAGGCUGAUGUCGUUAUAAUGGAUGAUAACUUCACGACUAUUAUCAAUGUUGCCAAAUGGGGACGGGCAGUGUAUAUAAACAUUCAAAAAUUUGUGCAGUUUCAAUUAACAGUGAAUGUUGUUGCUCUGAUUAUCAACUUUUUUUCUGCAUGCAUCACUGGAUCUGCUCCACUCACAGCUGUGCAGUUGCUUUGGGUCAACUUGAUUAUGGACACUCUGGGUGCAUUGGCCCUGGCUACUGAACCUCCUAACGAUGGACUUUUGCAAAGACCCCCAGUUGGAAGGGGAACAAGCUUUAUCACCAAACCUAUGUGGAGGAAUAUCAUUGGUCAAAGUAUAUAUCAAUUAAUUGUACUUGCGAUUCUAAAUUUUGACGGGAAGAGGCUACUCAGAAUUAGUGGUUCAGAUGCAACUGAAGUGCUCAACACUUUGAUAUUCAACUCCUUCGUAUUUUGCCAGGUCUUUAAUGAAAUAAACAGCAGAGAUAUUGAAAAGAUAAACAUAUUCAGAGGCAUGUUUGACAGCUGGAUUUUUUUGUUGAUAAUAUUUGCCACUGUGGUAUUUCAAGUGGUCAUAGUUGAAUUCCUGGGAGCGUUUGCCAGCACCGUGCCUCUAAACUGGCAAAUGUGGUUACUCAGUGUCUUAAUUGGAGCUGUUAGCAUGCCUAUAGCUGCUAUCCUCAAGUGCAUCCCAGUUGAAAAAGAUACGAGUAAGCACCAUGAUGGUUAUGAGCCACUGCCUUCUGGUCCCGAGCUGGCGUAAAAUAUUACAAGAUUAUGAUACCGUUUUCCUUUACUUGUCUUUUGGGUAAUGAAUAAUGAAUAUUUGUUUUUUUUCUUUUUCCUAUUUUUUUUGGGAAACUAAUCUCACGAAAAAACAACCGGAUGAACAUUGACAAGAACACCUAACCAAACUACCUUUUGAUGAAAGAAUUACCCGGGUUGCUUUGCUGAUUUAACCUACUAUUUUCCUUUUAGUGCUGUCAUUUGUUACCUGUUAUACGGCAUUAUAAUUCUAUAUAGUUUUGUAAGGAUUUGAUACCGUGCGGGAUUUCCAAGCAUGGCGAAAUGUCCAUUAUGAGCAUAUAUGGUUGUUCGAAAAGGAAUGUUUCUGAAUAUUAAUACCAAAAGAACCACUUGU